AUGGAGCUGCAGGCGACCGUGAUGGCUGGACAUGCUCCUCGGAUUCCCCAAGGGAAGCUGCAGGUGACGGUGAUAGCUGGACGGGCUCCUCGGACCCUCCAGUGGAGGCAGGCUGCUGAACGUGCCCCUCAGACCCUCCAGCGUAGGCAAAGGCUUGAAGCGGUCCCUCGGACCCUCCAGCACAGACAGAAUGCUGAAGAGCAGAGGCUUCCUGUGAAUCCAGAGGAGAAAGAAUAUGAAGGCAUGUCAUUGCUGACUGUGAUCUGCUUCCUGCUGGAAAAAGUCCUGUUGGACUUCAAAUAUGUCAAUUUCUUUCUACCUUCACCCUUAAAAGAGAUCAGCUGUGAAUAUCUGGCAGCAGCACUGAAGUCCAACCCCUCCCAUUUGACAGUGCUGGACCUGAGCAUGAACAAGCUGCAAGAUUCAGGAGUGAAGCAGCUGUGUGGUUUUCUGGGGAGUACAGGAUGUGGACUUGAAACUCUGAGAUUGGUCAGCUGCAGUCUUUCAGAAAUCAGCUGUGAUUAUCUGGCAGCAGCACUGAAGUCCAACCCCUCCCAUUUGACAGUGCUGGACCUGAGUGAGAACAAGAUGCAUGGUUCAGAAGUGAAGCAGCUAUGUGGUUUUCUGGAGAGUCCAGGAUGUAGACUUGAAACUCUGAGAUUGUAUCGGUGUGCUUUGCCAGCGAUCAGCUGUGAUUAUCUGGCAGCAGCACUGAAGUCCAACCCCUCCCAUCUGAGAGAGCUGGACCUGAGCUUCAACAAGCUGCACGAUUCAGGAGUGAAGCAGCUGUGUGGUUUUCUAGAGAGUCCAGGAUAUGUACUUGAAACUCUGAGAUUGAAGGACUGUGGUUUGUCAAAGAUCAGCUGUGAUUAUCUGGCAGCAGCACUGAAGUCCAACCCCUCCCAUCUGAGAGAGCUGGACCUGAGCAUGAACAACAAGCUGCACGAUUCAGGAGUGAAGCAGCUGUGUGGUUUUCUGGAGAGUCCAGGAUGUGUACUUGAAACUCUGAGGUCAGUCACCAUGUUUUAGUUCUGCUGAGAUGAAUAUGAUGUGAAAGUUGUGUUGACACUAAACUGCAGAUA